UUCGAGUCUCGGUCGCGGGGCUUGUGCGUGGGGUCCCUGGUGUCUCGCGUUGUGGUGCUAACUGCUGCGGUAUGCGUUACAGGCCCUAAUGUGCACGACAGACGACCCAUCACCGUUGUCACCGGCACCCGCUACCGGCACCCCUCGAGAGGCGUUCGGGUGCCAGUUAUGAGAGUCCUGAUGCCCAAACUUCCAGAAGACACCGAUGAAAGAAGCUAUAUGCUGCAGAAGUCAGUAGCGCUCCUCCUGUUGCAAAGACGCAUUCCUGAUAUAAUGGUCGAGCAACCGCUGCGAGCUAUCGGCAUUGACUACACGGGGGAAGACCUGCUAACUGGGCAGGACGAGUGCGUCGUGGUCGGCUGGCAUUUCUUAUAUGCAGAGGAUGGGAAACUUCCAGAACAGUGGUGGCUUCUGCACCGCCAGAUGCGGUACCAGAUCUUGCAGCUCGGAGAUAAGGACGAGGCCUGCGCCGAACUGGUGCGUGUAUACGAGAAGACUACGGAUGAUCUGAAGCAUGUUGGAGCCGUCGAUGAUGUCAUGUGUUUUAAAGACCCGAAUAACACAGCCCAGCCUUGUCAUGGUAUGUACGGAGCCCCGCUGGUGUGCGCCAAGGGGCGAGUGGUGGGGCUUCUGGCGGCGCCGUCGGCGCAGUGGAAACACUGUGACCGGAUGUCCAUCCUAGUACACAAGCUGUCUAGCCAGCGGAACAAGGCCUUCUUAGGUUGUUUCGAGACGUUACUUCAGCCCGAAUAUCUUGUCAAAUGGGAACUGUUUACGACUAAAACAACGUGAAACGUGAAUGCGAGAGGAAAAUUCAGAGUAUCU